AUGGGGGAGCCGAUAAGUCUUGCUUCAGGGCUUUUAACUCUGGCCACCUUCGCUCUUCAGUCCAGCGUUACGCUCUACGAUACAAUCGAAAGAUUCAAAUCUCAUCCGAAGCGCGUAUGCGAUCUUAAAGAGGAAUUGAAGGCGCUAAGUGAGGUUCUGGGUUCCCUUAUUAAAUUAGUGAACGCUGAUACCGACUCGGACCUCGCGGCGUUGGAACUUCCUUUGCUACGGUGUGGUAAUGCUUGCAAAGAAUUCGAAAGGGAGCUAUUAAAAUGGUCGUUAAGAUCGAGUGACGGGCGGACGAGCCUUCGAGAUUGGGCUCGCCUGAGGUACAUGGGAGAUGAUAUCGAUGGGUUUAGGCGACUUAUGGCUGGAUAUAAUUUAACGUUCAACGUCGCCCUCGCAGAUGCAAAUCUUCGAAAAUCCAGCGCGACAGCCGAAAGCCUUGCAUCCUAUCAGACUUUGAUCGAGACUGCCCAGGCUGAGCUUAAAGUGCAUCUGGAAGUCAUUGAUAGCAAAUUUGAGACUGUGCUGCGGCGAAAUAUACCAGAAUCUGACGCGGAUAAUGCAGAAUUACGAGCGAUGCAAGAUGAGAGACUAAACACUGAGAAGUGCCUUCAGAUCUGCACGCAGUCAUCCGAAUAUCUCAGUCAGAUUCAAGCCAUCCCGGAAAACUCUCACGGUUUUCCUGGAUCUGAUGGACCCUCUAGCUUCUCAGAGAGUCUGACCAAUAAGAGCCUCCAGGCAUGCAAACGCAAUCUCGGCCUUACGACUGCGAAGUUAGAGAACCAUAUGGAAGAUCUCAUGAACCAACUGUUGGCUAAAUCAAAGCGAGAAAUAACCUCAGAUGACGAUUGGGACUUGGCAAGGCUGCGCGAUGAAUGGGAUACAGCCCGUCAGUGUAUUGACAUCUGCUCAAAAGCAGACAACCGCCUUAAGGAAAAUAUCAGCACCAUUGAGAACUAUGCUACCGGUGAUGCUGCACAGUUGAUGGUGUCGACUGCUGGGGACAUCGUUCGUGGUAGGCAGGUCGGUGGCCAUCUUAGCGACGCAUCCGUGGAACAGCUGUCGCGGGACAUAGCAGCCAUCAAUCUUCGGCGUACGUCAUAUGGUCCUGACAGUGAAACGGGAAGCCAACCGGCUUCGGAAUUCAAGGACCGCUAUGGAUGGGGCUUUAAGCUCACCCCCGAAACUUCCUCUAGCACGUUUGAUCGACUCUGA